AUAAGACUUGUGGGGCCUGUGGCAGUGCCGGAAGUAGUCCUUCGUCGUCGCGGAGGCAUAUACGUUUUGGGUUAAUUCGCCAACUUCCUUUUUACUGUGGCCGCCAUAGCGUGAGGAGCGUGGUCCCCGGCGAGCCGAAAAAAAUUAGGAAAGAUGGCCUGUGCCCGACCCCUCAUCUCGGUUUAUUCCGAGAAAGGAGAAUCUUCAGGCAAGAAUGUUGUCAUGCCUGCUGUGUUCAAGGCUCCAAUUCGCCCAGACAUUGUGAACUUUGUGCACACCAACAUGCGCAAAAAUAGUCGCCAGCCCUAUGCAGUCAGCGAGCUGGCAGGUCACCAGACCAGUGCAGAGUCUUGGGGCACAGGAAGAGCUGUGGCCCGUAUCCCUCGUGUGAGAGGUGGUGGUACCCACCGCUCUGGCCAGGGAGCUUUUGGAAAUAUGUGUCGUGGAGGCCGCAUGUUUGCCCCCACCAAGACCUGGCGCCGCUGGCACCGCAGGAUCAACACAACCCAGAAGCGCUAUGCCAUCUCCUCUGCCCUGGCUGCCUCUGCCAUUCCUGCCCUCGUUAUGUCCAAAGGACAUCGCAUUGAGGAGAUUCCCGAGGUCCCACUGGUGGUGGACGACAAAGUUGAGGGCUACAAGAAGACCAAGGAGGCCGUUCUGCUGCUGAAGAAGCUUAAAGCCUGGAAUGACAUCAAAAAGGUCUAUGCCUCCCAGCGCAUGCGUGCCGGAAAGGGUAAGAUGAGAAACCGCAGACGUAUCCAACGCAAAGGUCCGUGCAUCAUCUACAACCAAGACGCCGGUGUCACCAAAGCCUUCAGAAAUAUCCCAGGCAUCACCCUGCAGAACGUGAACAAACUGAACCUCCUGAGGCUCGCCCCUGGUGGUCAUGUCGGCCGCUUCUGCAUCUGGACUGAGAGCGCUUUCCGCAAGUUGGAUGAGCUGUACGGCACCUGGCGCAAACCUGCCUCCCUGAAGGUGGAUUACAACCUUCCAAUGCACAAGAUGACCAACACAGACUUGAGCAGGAUUUUGAAGAGUGAGGAGAUCCAGAAAGCACUUCGUGCACCUAACAAGAAGAUCAACCGCAGAGUUCUGAAGAAGAACCCACUGAAGAACCUGAGGAUAAUGCUGAAAUUGAACCCCUACGCCAAGACAGCAAGACGUCAUGCCAUCCUUCUGCACGACCCCACUAUCAAGGCCAAGAUGCUGAAACCCAAGAAGAAGAAGCCAGUGAAGAAGGCAGCACCUGCAAAGGCCAAGGAAUAAAUCUGUCCAUACAGACUGUGGGGCUCACUGAUGACAUAAAUAAAAUUGUUUCAAAUACA